CGGCCCCGGGCUGUCCGCGGAGCGAGGCCGCGCACCUGCCCGCUCGCCCAGAUUUGUUAAGAUGAAACACUGCAUAUGGCCCUCGGAAGCUAAGGAGAGGGGAAAACAGAAAAUUGCAGACUUUUGGAAAGAAGACCUCGGCCUUUAGAUGCCAUUCUGAAGUAAGUUAAGCAAUGGAUCAAAGGAAGAAUGAGAGUAUUGUUCCUAGUAUCACCCAAUUGGAAGAUUUUCUUAUAGAACACAACUCCAAUGUUGUUUGGCUCCUUGUUGCUACCAUCUUGUCCUGUGGAUGGAUUAUUUAUCUUACAUAUUAUAAUUCUCGGAAUGUUGGUCUUAUCUUAACACUGGUCCUUAACAGAUUAUACAAACAUGGCUAUAUCCAUAUUGGUUCCUUUUCUUUCUCUGUUCUCUCUGGAAAAGUCAUGGUUCGUGAAAUCUAUUACAUUACUGAAGACAUGUCUAUUAGGAUUCAAGAUGGAUUUAUAAUUUUUCGGUGGUGGAAAAUGUAUAAUCCAAAACAGAAGCAACAUGAUCCAAAGGCAGAAACUAGAUUGUACAUCACUGUCAAUGACUUUGAAUUUCAUGUGUAUAAUCGUUCGGAUCUUUAUGGGCACCUUCAAGAAUUAUUUGGUUUGGAGCCAACAAUAAUUCCACCCAAGAAAGAGGAUGAUAAGACACGGGAAGAUGGAAGAACGAGGACCCAGUCCAAAAUUGAAAGAGUUAAAGUGAAAACGGAAUCUCAAGACCCAGCAUCUUCAUGGAGAUCACUUAUUCCUGUCAUAAAGGUCAACGUGAGCACAGGACGUUUGGCCUUUGGGAAUCAUUACCAACCUCAAACUCUGUGCAUCAACUUUGAUGAUGCUUUCUUAACUUACACUACAAAACCACCUUCAAGCCACCUUGACCAGUUCAUGCACAUAGUAAAAGGAAAGCUGGAGAAUGUUCGAGUCAUGCUUGUUCCUAGUCCGAGAUAUGUUGGUCUUCAAAAUGAUGAACCACCUCGGUUAAUGGGGGAGGGUUUUGUGGUGAUGCAGUCAAACGAUGUGGACAUCUACUACUACAUGGAUGAACCGGGACUUGUUCCAGAAGAAGUAGAAGAAAAUAUUGAAGGAGAAAUGAGCAGUGAGGAUUGCAAAUUACAAGAUUUGCCUCCCUGUUGGGGUCUAGAUAUAGUUUGUGGUAAAGGAACAGAUUUCAACUAUGGACCAUGGGCAGAUAGACAGAGAGAUUGUUUAUGGAAAUUUUUUUUCCCACCUGAUUAUCAAGUUCUGAAAGUUUCUGAAAUUGCACGACCUGGAAGACCCAGACAGAUCCUUGCUUUUGAACUACGAAUGAACAUUAUUGCAGAUGCUACAAUUGAUUUGCUAUUCACCAAAAAUAGGGAAACAAAUGCUAUACAUGUAAAUGUAGGAGCUGGCUCAUACUUGGAAAUUAAUAUUCCAAUGACAGUUGAGGAAAAUGGUUACACCCCUGCAAUUAAGGGACAACUACUACAUGUUGAUGCCACUACCAGCAUGCAGUACAGAACCCUCUUAGAAGCAGAAAUGUUAGCAUUCCAUAUCAAUGCCAGCUAUCCCCGAAUAUGGAAUAUGCCACAGACAUGGCAGUGUGAAUUAGAGGUUUAUAAAGCUACUUACCACUUCAUCUUUGCACAGAAGAACUUCUUCACAGACUUAAUACAAGACUGGUCUAGUGAUAGCGCUCCAGACAUGUUCUCAUUUGUUCCCUACACAUGGAACUUCAAAAUCAUGUUUCAUCAGUUUGAAAUGAUUUGGGCUGCUAAUCAACACAAUUGGAUUGACUGUUCCACUAAACAACAAGAAAAUGUGUAUCUGGCAGCAUGUGGGGAAACACUGAACAUUGAUUUUUCUCUGCCUUUUACGGACUUUGUUCCAGCUACAUGUAACACCAAGUUCUCUUUAAGAGGAGAAGAUGUUGAUCUUCAUUUGUUUCUACCUGAUUGCCACCCUAGUAAAUAUUCAUUGUUUAUGCUGGUAAAGAACUGCCAUCCAAAUAAAGCUCAAGACUCUGGUAUUCCUGCUGAGUGUCAGAGUGGCCAGAAAGCAGUUCAACCAAAAUGGCGCAACGUUACUCAGGAGGAGGCUGGAUGGGUUGAAUGCUGGACUGUUCCAAGUGUCAUGCUUACAAUUGAUUAUACAUGGCAUCCAAUUUAUCCUCAAAAAGCAGAUGAACAGUUAAAACAAUCAUUGUCAGAAAUGGAGGAAACAAUGCUUUCUGUUCUGAGGCCGUCCCAGAAAAUGGCAGACAGAAGCGUUUCCUCUCCUUCUCCCCCACGCCCACCUGUGGAUCCCUCUGAACUUCCACCUGAUAAACUUCAUGUAGAAAUGGAACUUUCUCCGGAUUCCCAGAUCACUCUCUAUGGACCUCUACUCAAUGCCUUUUUGUGUAUAAAGGAAAAUUACUUUGGGGAAGAUGACAUGUAUAUGGAUUUUGAAGAAGUCAUUUCUAGUCCUGUUCUGUCGCUGUCAACGUCAUCCAGCUCAGGGUGGACUGCGGUGGGCAUGGAGAAUGAAAGUUCAUCCAAGUCUAUCCACCCACUGAGUUUGCGUCCCUGGGAUAUUACUGUUCUCAUCAACUUGUACAGAGUCCAUGGGCGUCUUCCUGUUCAUGGAACUACUGAUGGUCCUGAGUGCCCCACAGCUUUCUUGGAAAGGCUGUGUUUCGAAAUGAAGAAAGGAUUUAGGGAGACCAUGCUGCAGCUUGUCCUCUCACCGCUGACUGUGUUUGUCAGUGAUAACUAUCAGCAGCGACCGCCUGUGGAUGAGGUACUUAGGGAAGGCCACAUCAACUUGUCUGGACUGCAGCUGAGAGCGCACGCCAUGUUCUCUGCAGAGGGUCUUCCCCUGGGAAGUGAUUCCUUGGAAUAUGCUUGGCUGAUUGACAUACAGGCUGGAAGCCUUACAGCCAAGGUCACAGCACCACAGCUGGCCUAUCUUCUGGAGUGGGGGCAGACCUUUGUUUUUCAUGUGGUAUGUCGGGAGUAUGAACUGGAAAGACCAAAAUCAGUAAUCAUUUGUCAGCAUGGAAUUGACCGUCGGUUCUGUGACUCCAAGCUGAGUUGUAUUCCUGGGCCUUGCCCAACUUCAGAUGAUCUGAAGUAUACGAUGACUCGCUUAGCAGUAGAUGGAGCUGAUGUUUAUAUUGUGGAGCAUGGCUGUGCUACAAAUAUAAAGAUGGGUGCUAUUCGAGUUGCAAACUGUAAUCUCCAUAAUCAAUCGGUUGGGGAAGGAAUAAGUGCAGCAAUUCAGGAUUUUCAAGUGAGACAGUACAUUGAGCAAUUAAAUAAUCCCAGAGUUGGACUGCAGCCUACAGUUUUACGAAGGGCCUAUUGGCUUGAAGCUGGGUCAGCUAAUUUAGGACUUAUUACUGUUGAUAUCGCAUUAGCUGCUGAUCAUCAUUCUAAACAUGAAGCGCAAAGGCAUUUCCUGGAAACUCAUGAUACCCGAACUAAGAGGUUGUGGUUUUUGUGGCCGGAUGAUACCCUGAGGAAUAAGAGAUGCAAGAACAAGUGUGGUUGUCUUGGUGGCUGUAGGUUCUUUGGUGGCACAGGAACAGGCCUUGACUUCUUCCGACUAGAAGAACUGACCCCAUCUAGCAGCUCUGCCUUCUCCAGCACAAGUGCAGAGUCUGACAUGUAUUAUGGGCAGUCACUGUUACAUCCUGGAGAGUGGAUCAUUACUAAAGAGAUUCCCAAAGUUGUAGAAGGUAAUCUGAACAGCUUGAAGAGGAAAGAAUGGGAAGCCAAGUCUGUGGGUCUUGAAGUGGAGAAGAAAGCGCAGCACCUCAGCCUGCAGGUGCCCUUACGAUCACACAGCUCCUCCUCCUCCUCUGAGGAGAACAGCAGCUCCAGUGCUGCCCAGCCCUUACUGCCGGGGGAAAAGGGAAGUCCUUCAUCCACUGCUGAGGACCACCUGACUCAAACAGAAUUCCUGCAUGGAGCCAGGAGAGAGGGUGGUCAAGUUGGUGUUCCUACAGAGAUAUCUGCUAACAGCCCCGUGUCUCCCAACAAUCAGGACAAGUUGGUGGGUCAGUCUCCUCUGAGGUCUCCCUUGAAGCGACAGGCUUCAGUGUGUUCCACCCGACUUGGAAGCACCAAGAGCCUCACUGCUGCUUUCUAUGGUGACAAACAGCCUAUGACAGUUGGGGUCCAGUUUAGCAGUGAUGUUUCUCGGAGUGAUGAGAAUGUCUUGGACUCACCAAAGCAGAGAAGGAGCUUUGGGUCUUUUCCAUACACACCAUCAGCCGACUCUAAUUCAUUUCACCAGUACCGAUCCAUGGAUUCCAGCAUGUCCGUGGCUGACAGUGAAGCCUACUUUUCCGCAGCCGAAGAGUUUGAGCCCAUUAGCAGUGACGAAGGUCCUGGAACAUACCCAGGGAGAAAAAGGAAGAAAAAACAGACUCAGCAGAUGGACUAUAGCAGAGGUUCCAUAUAUCACAGUGUGGAAGGCCCUCUCACUGGCCACGGAGAAAGCAUUCAGGAUCCCCGAACACUGCCGUUCAGAGCCCACCCCUCACAGGCAUCUUUUGUUUCUGCCUUGGGUGGAGAAGAUGAUGUCAUUGAACAUGUGUACGUCCUGGAAGGUGACAAAAGUGCAGAGAUUGAGCAUGUUCCUCCUCCAAAACCUGUGCUGAGCUGCUAUCAGGCUCACCUGACCCAGUUCCAGGUGGCUAACUGGUCUGUGAAGCACCCAGCCACCAAGAGAACCUCCAAAUCAUCCUUGCACCGCCCACUUGAUCUGGAUACCCCAACCAGUGAAGAAAGCUCAUCUUCCUUUGAGCAUCUCUCAGUUCCCAUUUUUAAGGUCAUCAAACAAGGACUUACUGCCAAUUCCUUACUUGAUAGGGGAAUGCAACUUUCAGGAUCAACAUCAAACACACCAUAUACUCCUCUGGAGAAGAAAGCAGUUGACAAUACAGAUGAUGAAACAUUAACAGAAGAGUGGAGCCUACGGCAGCCAGUGUCACAGACCAGGACCACAGCUGUGGUGGAAGUGAGGGGGACUGUGGAUGCUGUUCUCACCCCCUUAGUGGCUGAAGCUUUAGACAGAUAUAUUGAAGCGAUGGUUCAUUGUGCUAGCACCCGACACCCAGCUGCCAUUGUGGAUGAUCUUCAUGCCAAAGUCCUCAGGGAAGCUGUCCAGAAUAGCAAGACUACCUUCUCAGAAAAUUUAUCUUCCAAACAGGAUGUGAGAGGGACAAAACCUGAGCAUCCUACCAUAGGAACCACUAAUCCUGGACAAGCACAGACAAAUCUUACAAUGAAGCAAGAUAAUGUAACAAUUAAAGGUCUUCAGGCUAAUGUUAGCAUACCAAAGGUAAACCUGUGUUUAUUGCAAGCCUCAGUGGAAGAAACUCCAAGUACAGCCCCUGGCCGAGGUGUAACCCAUGUCUCUCUAGUAGCCUUGUGUUUUGACAGAAUUGCUACACAAGUACGCAUGAACAGAGGUGUGGUUGAAGAAAAUUUAAACAACACAGAACCCAGUAGAACACCAAAUUUUGAUAGAUAUGUCCAUGCCAGCAAGAUGCAGCCUCAGUCUUCUGGGUCACUCAGGUCAAAUGCGGGAGCAGAAAAAGGCAAAGAAAUUGCAGCCAAGUUAAACAUUCAUCGUGUUCAUGGACAACUAAGGGGUCUUGAUACAACAGAUAUCGGUACCUGUGCCAUCACUGCUAUUCCCUUUGAGAAGUCCAAAGUUUUAUUUACUCUUGAAGAGUUGGAUGAAUUUACCUUUGUCGAUGAAACAGAUCAACAAGCUAUUCCAGAUGUGACUCGGAUAGGUCCCAGCCAAGAGAAGUGGGGUUGGAUAAUGUUUGAAUGUGGACUUGAAAAUUUAACCAUAAAAGGAGGAAGACAAUCUGGUGCUAUUUUAUAUAACACUCUUGGAGUAAUGGGUAAAGCAAGUGUCACUGAAAGGGGUGGGGUACUGACAUCCAAUAAUUCCUCUGACUCUCCAACUGGAAGUGGCUAUAAUACUGACAUCUCUGAUGACAAUCUUCCUUGUGACCGGACCAGCCCAUCUUCAGACUUAAAUGGGAAUUCUGGUUCAGAUGAACAGGAUGAAGGAGUUGAAUCUGAUGAUCUGAAGAGAGAUUUGCCUCUCAUGCCUCCACCUCCAGAUUCCUGCAGCAUGAAGCUGACCAUCAAGGAGAUCUGGUUUAGUUUUGCGGCACCCACUAAUGUGAGGUCUCCUGCACACGCCUUUUCAAGGCAGCUGAACCUUUUAAGCACUGCAACUCCAGCUGUUGGUGCUUGGCUUGUUCCCAUUGAUCAACUCAAGUCAUCUCUAAACAAGCUAGACACCGAGGGGACCUUGAGAGUCUGCGCUGUGAUGGGUUGCAUAAUGACCGAAGCACUGGAGAAUAAAAGUGUACAUUUCCCCCUGAGAAGUAAAUACAACAGACUUACAAAACUUGCCCGCUUUCUCCAAGAAAACCCUUCCUGUUUGCUGUGUAAUAUACUACACCACUACCUCCAGCAGGCAAAUCAUUCCGUCAUUGAUGAUGCCACCAUGAGUGAUGGACUUCCUGCCUUGGUAACUUUGAAGAAGGGCUUGGUUGCCCUGGCAAGGCAAUGGAUGAAGUUUAUUGUGGUGACUCCAGCUUUCAAAGGAGUUAGCUUGCAUCGGCCAACCCAGCCUUUGAAACCACAUUCGGCUUCAGAGCAGGAACAUGAAGACGGACUUGGACUGGAUAGUGGAGGUGGUCUUCAGAGUGAUACCAGUGCUGAUGGUGCAGAAUUUGAAUUUGAUGCAGCCACAGUGAGUGAGCACACCAUGCUGCUGGAAGGGACAGCCAGCCGACCCCCUCCUGGGGGCUCUGGACCUGUUACCGGUGCAGAGAUAAUGAGGAAACUUUCUAAGACUCACACUCACAGUGACUCUGCAUUGAAGAUUAAGGGCGUUCACCCAUACCACUCUCUGAGCUACACCAGUGGUGACACAGCCACCGAUUCUCCAGUACAUGUGGGACGCAGUUCAGGGGUACCAGUGAAGGAGAGUCCACGGAAGGAGAGUCUUCUCAGCUACUUGACGGGCAGCUUCCCCAGCCUGCACAACCUUCUGGAAGGCACUCCGCAACGCAGUGGAGCAGCCAUAAAAAGCAGCUCACUGACAAGGACAGGACAUACAAUGGCCACUGAUAUGCUGUCUGAGCACCCUUUACUGUCUGAGCCAUCAUCUCUGAGCUUCUAUAACUGGAUGUCCCAUGCUGUGGGCAAUCGAGGCAGCAGCACGGUGCCAGAGUCUCCAGUCACAAAAUCAGGGCACAGUAGCCUGCCCACAGGUGUUGCACCCAAUCUUCCCACGAUACCCUCAGCCUCUGAUUUCAACACCGUCUUGUCUAGUGACCAGAACACUCUGGAUGGGACACAUUCUCAGCACAGCACGAGUCAGGAUGGUGAGGCAGGCGUCGAAGAAGCCAACCGAGGGUUUCCUGCAGUUCAGCUUGCAGAUGCUCAGGUUGUUUUCAAGCCUCUGCUGAGUCACACAGGAAUCCAAUCCCAAGAUGCCAUGCCUCUCAGCUACCGAAUGUACUUUGGAGAGCACCUCUCAUUCUCAGGGACUCUGGACUGCCUCAGAGCAGACAUUGUGGAUUCAGAUACAGCCAAAGAGAGGAAAGGCAAAAGGGCAAGAAGACAAGGCCAUGUGAAUCUCCCUCCCCUGGAGUUCAAACCUGCAUUGAUGUUGGAGACCUUUAGCAUUAGUGCUGUAGUGAUGGAGAAGUCAGUAUGCACCCCUCAGAACUCGACCAAUGCCUUUUCUUUUCAUGAUCUCAACAAGCGCUAUUAUAAUACCUUUCACUGCAACUUCACUAUUUCCUGCCAGUCAAUAAGCCAGCAUGUAGAUAUGGCUUUGGUCCGUCUCAUUCAUCAGUUCAGUACAAUGAUAGAUGACAUCAAAGCCACUCAGACAGACAUUAAACUCAGCAGAUACACAGCUGGAUCAGCUUCCCCUACACCUACCUUCAAAACCAGGAAACACCGUGACUUCCGCUCUUCCGACUUCAGUCGCAGCUCUAGAGGGAGCCUUAAUGGUGGCAAUAGAGUAAAUAAUGCAAAGAACAAACGGGCUAACAAUGAAAAUAACAAAAAGGAAUCUCGGAACAGAAAUUCUUCAGGAAGACCUGAAAGAAGAACUUCGAAAGUGUCUAGGAAAGGUUCCAAAGACGUGGUGGACCACAUGACUAUCCACAUGGAUGACUCUGAUUCUAUUACGGUGUCAGAGCAAAGUGAACCUUCAGCCGAGUGCUGGCAGAACAUGUACAAACUGCUCAACUUUUACUCACUUAUCUCUGAUCCAACAGGAAUAUUGGAGAAAUCUUCAGAGACGUUUGGACCAGCAGGUGUUCGAAGCCCUACAGAGCCAACAUGUAAAGUGAUUUUUGAGAAUGAGCAAGAUAGUAACAGUUUGACUAAGACACAGAGAAAGCGCAGCUUGGUAACUGCAGACCCUCAGCAUGUCACUCUGAUAGUGUUUGGCAUUGGCAUGGUGAACCGCACACACCUGGAAGCAGACAUUGGGGGACUCACCAUGGAGUCUGAACUGAAAAGGAUCCACGGAAGUUUCACUCUGAAGGAGAAGAUGAAAGAUGUUUUACAUCAAAAGAUGACAGAGACUUGUGCCACUGCCCACAUUGGUGGAGUUAACAUUGUGCUGCUUGAAGGGAUCACACCAAAUAUACAGUUGGAGGACUUUCCUACGUCUCCUACAAGCACAGCCAAACAGGAGUUUCUAACUGUAGUGAAAUGCAGUAUUGCCAAGUCGCAGGCCCUCUACAGUGCCCAGAGAGGGUUGAAGACAAACAAUGCUGCUGUGUUCAAAGUGGGUGCUAUCAGCAUCAACAUUCCCCAGCACCCGGCCACCUUGCAUAGUAUGAUGGUGAGGAGUUCUCACCAGCUCUCUAAGCAGAUCUCAGACCUCAUACGACAGCCCUCCACAGCCCCACAGUCUGCAAAGGAAGAUAUUGCAACCCCUCUGCCAUCAGAAAAAACCCCAACAAGUGUCAAUCAGACUCCUGUUGAAACAAAUGAGUUCCCCCAGCUCCCCGAAGGCUUAGAGAAGAAGCCGAUGGUUCUGAAGUUCAGUGCCAUGCUGGACGGAGUUGCCAUUGGAGCUGCUCUGCUGCCGUCCCUGAAGGCAGAGUACAAGAUGGGAAGGAUGAGGAGUCAUGGAAUGACAGGUGCACAAACCAGAUUUACAUUUGAGCUGCCAAAUCACAGAUUGCGUUUUACUUCAAAAGUUUCUGCCACCGAUAUGUCUACUAUUCCUCCUUCUGCCAGUCUCAACCUUCCUCCUGUGACAAUGUCAGGGAAGUAUGUCAUGGAGGAGCAUGACAGCUGCUCUGAGCAGGUGUGGAGCAUAGAUGAGCUUCCUUCCAAACAAGGAUGCUAUUUGCAAGGGAAUUACCUACGGUGUGUGGCAGAAGUUGGUUCCUUUGAACAUAACCUUACAACUGAUCUUUUAAACCACUUGGUAUUUGUACAAAAAGUGUUCAUGAAGGAAGUUAAUGAAGUGAUACAAAAAGUUUCAGGUGGGGAGCAGCCCAUUCCUCUUUGGAACGAACAUGAUGGAACAGCAGAUGGAGAUAAGCCCAAAAUUCUACUUUAUUCCUUGAAUUUGCAGUUUAAGGGUAUCCAAGUAACAGCCACCACUCCUUCAAUGAGAGCAGUAAGAUUUGAGACUGGAUUAAUUGAGUUGGAACUUUCAAACCGACUUCAAACCAAAGCUUCUCCAGGAAGCAGUAGCUACCUGAAAUUGUUCGGCAAAUGCCAGGUGGACUUAAAUUUGGCUUUAGGACAGAUCGUCAAACAUCAGGUUUAUGAGGAAGCUGGUUCUGAUUUUCAUCAAGUUGCGUAUUUUAAAACUAGAAUUGGAUUAAGAAAUGCCCUCCGAGAAGAAAUCAGUGGUUCUUCAGACAGGGAAGCUGUACUUAUUACCUUGAACAGACCAAUCGUUUAUGCACAACCUGUGGCCUUUGAUAGAGCUGUGCUGUUUUGGCUGAAUUAUAAAGCUGCCUAUGACAACUGGAAUGAACAGCGAAUGGCUUUACACAAGGAUAUUCACAUGGCUACAAAGGAAGUGGUGGACAUGCUGCCUGGCAUCCAGCAAACCUCAGCCCAGGCAUUUGGGACUCUCUUUCUCCAGCUCACAGUGAAUGACCUGGGGAUCUGCCUGCCCAUCACCAACACUGCACAGUGCAGCCACACUGGGGACCUGGACACUGGCUCUGCAUUAGUGCUGACCAUUGAGAGCACCCUCAUCACUGCUUGCUCUUCAGAGUCUCUGGUCAGUAAAGGGCAUUUCAAGAACUUCUGCAUCCGUUUUGCUGAUGGCUUUGAGACAUCAUGGGAUGAUUGGAAACCAGAAAUUCGUGGGGAUUUGGUAAUGAAUGCCUGUGUAGUUCCAGAUGGCACCUAUGAAGUGUGCUCCAGGACCACAGGACAGGCAGCAGCUGAAAGCAGCAGUGCUGGAACCUGGACUUUGAAUGUGUUGUGGAAAAUGUGUGGGAUUGACGUCCACAUGGACCCCAACAUUGGAAAAAGGCUCAAUGCUCUGGGCCACACCCUCACAACGCUGACUGGAGAAGAGGAUGUGGAUGACAUUGCAGACCUCAACUCAGUGAACAUUGCCGACCUGUCUGAUGAAGAUGAAGUGGAUACCAUGUCUCCCACCGUCCACACUAGUUCAGAAGGAAGUUCAGUAAGUGGAGAUGGCCACAAGCUCACCUUUGGGCAGCGACUUGUCAAUCACCUCCUAGGCCUGACGCCCCCACAUCAGCGCUAUUCUGUUCCUGCAGAGUAUCUGUGUGACCCAGAAAUGUGGGGCUCCCCUCAGGGUACCCAGUCCCAUUUGAAAGCAUGCAGAGCUCACUCAUGGGGAAACGAAGCUGUUGAUUAUCGAAGACAAGGAGCAUCUUGUAACCAGCAAGGAGAACUUAGAGGAAGAAAAAUUAUGAAGCGGAUAGUGGAUAUCAGAGAACUGAAUGAACAGGCCAAAGUCAUAGAUGAUCUUAAAAAAUUAGGUGCAAGUGAAGGAACAAUAAACCAGGAAAUUCAGCGUUACCAGCAGUUGGAGUCUGUUGCUGUGAAUGACAUUCGAAGAGAUGUUCGCAAAAAAUUACGAAGGUCCAGCAUGCGAGCUGCAUCUCUAAAGGAUAAGUGGGGUCUGAGCUACAAGCCGAGUUACAGCCGGUCAAAAAGCAUCUCUGCUUCUGGAAGGCCACUGCCAAAACGCGUGGAAAGGGGAAGUUCUCGUGUAGGAGAAACUGAGGAUCUCCCAGAAAUUCGUGUGGAUGCAGCAUCUCCUGGACCCAGAGUAACUUUCAAUAUCCAGGACACAUUGAAAAAAACAGUAUGGGGAAGUACACCACAGUCCAGCCCUCCUGGGGAAGGGUAUUUUCAGUUUCCAGAGGAGACAGAACUGGACCUAUUGUCAGUGACCAUCGAAGGUCCCUCCCAUUAUUCCUCAAACAGCGAAGGAGCAUGCUCUGUAUUCAGUUCUCCCAAAACUCCAGCUGGCUUCCCACCAAGCAUUGCUUUCCAAGCCGAAGAGGGCCAACGUGAUGACAGUCUGUCUUCCACUAGUGAGGACUCUGAGAAGGAGGAGAAGGAUGAAGAUCAUGAGAGAGAGAGAUUUUAUAUUUACAGGAAACCUUCGCAUACAUCUCGUAAAAAAGCAACUGGCCUUGCUGCUGUGCAGCAGCUCUUCACAGAUCGCUGGCCGACAGCCCCAGCCAACCGCAGCCUUAGUGGCACAGCUACUGAGAGAAAUAUUGAUUUUGAGCUUGACAUACGGGUUGAGAUUGAUAGUGGAAAAUGUGUGCUCCACCCCACCACCCUGCUACAGGAGCACGAUGACAUGAGCUUGAGAAGGAGUUAUGAUAGAAGUUCCAGGAGUUUAGAUCAAGAUUCUCCUUCAAAAAAGAAGAAGUUCCAAACUAAUUAUGCUUCCACUACCCAUUUAAUGACAGGCAAGAAAGUGCCAUCCUCUCUGCAGACAAAGUCUAGUGACGUGGAGACCACAGUGUUCUACAUCCCUGGAGUGGACGUCAAGUUGCACUAUAAUUCCAAGACUCUAAAGACCGAAUCACCUAAUGCUUCCCGAGGAUCUUCCUUGCCCAGAACUCUCUCUAAAGAGUCCAAGCUGUAUGGUAUGAAAGACAGUGGCAGCAUUGCUCCACCUCCUCCUCCUCCCUGCACUGUCCAGAGCAAGACUAACUCCUUACGUCCUCCCCAGCCCCCAUCUGCUUCCUCAGCCAAGGGGAAAGGCAGCAUAGGAGUGAAGACUGCCAAGCUGUAUGCCUGGGUGGCAUUGCAGUCACUGCCUGAGGAGAUGGUCAUCAGCCCCUGCCUGUUAGACUUCCUGGAAAAGGCUCUGGAGACCAUCCCAAUCACACCUAUUGAAAGAAACUAUGCUUCUAUCAGCGCACAUGAUGACGACGUGGGGCAUUUUGAGAUGCCAGACCCUAUGGAGGAGUCCACAACGUCCUUAGUGUCCUCUUCUACAUCUGCUUACUCCUCUUUUCCAGUAGAUGUCGUGGUUUAUGUGCGAGUGCAGCCCUCACAGAUCAAGUUUAGCUGUUUACCUGUCUCUAGAGUGGAAUGUAUGCUAAAGUUGCCAUCCCUGGACCUGGUUUUUUCUUCAAACCGAGGAGAACUGGAGACUCUGGGCACCACAUGUCCCUCUGAGACUUCAUCCCCUGGAGGCGGAGGUGCUCAGAGUGUGGCCAAGAGCUGUGCUGGGAAACCUGGGAUGCCAGGCUCAUCAGGCUUGGGCAGCCCCCUGGGUCGAAGCCGGCAUAGCAGCAGCCAGUCGGACCUGACCAGUGCCAGCAGCAGCUCCUCAGGGCUCAGUUUCACAGCCUGUAUGUCUGACUUCUCUCUCUAUGUCUUCCACCCCUAUGGUGCUGGCAAACAGAAAACUGCUGUUUCUGGUCUUACCACUGGAUCCGGAGGAUUAGGCAAUGUGGAUGAGGAACCCACUUCAGUUACUGGUCGUAAGGACUCACUCAGUAUAAAUCUUGAGUUCGUAAAAGUGAGUUUGUCUCGGAUAAGACGUUCAGGCGGUGCUUCCUUUUUUGAAAGUCAGUCUGUAAGCAAGUCUUCAAGCAAAAUGGACACCACACUAAUAAAUAUAUCUGCUGUUUGUGAUAUAGGAUCUGCCUCUUUCAAAUACGAUAUGCGCCGACUCAGUGAAAUUCUGGCCUUUCCGAGAGCCUGGUACAGGAGGAGUAUAGCAAGACGCCUUUUUCUUGGAGACCAAACUAUAAAUUUGCCAACUUCUGGCCCAGGGACACCUGAUUCCAUUGAAGGGGUUAGCCAGCAUCUGUCCCCUGAAUCAUCCAGAAAAGCAUAUUGCAGGACCUGGGAGCAGCCCAGCCAGUCAGCCUCCUUCACCCACAUGCCUCAGUCUCCUAAUGUGUUCAGUGAGCACAUGACAGGGAGCACCAUGUCACCAGGCACAGCAGCACAGAGCCUGAGAUCUCCAGCUUCUGUAAGAUCCCGGAGUGUGUCUGAUUCUUCAGUUCCCCGAAGAGAUUCACUAUCAAAAACAUCAACUCCUUUUAACAAAUCAAACAAAGCAGCAAGCCAACAAGGAACCCCAUGGGAAACACUCGUCGUGUUUGCUAUCAACUUGAAGCAAUUAAAUGUUCAAAUGAACAUGAGCAACGUAAUGGGAAAUACAACCUGGACCACAAGUGGUUUGAAGAGCCAGGGCCGUCUCUCAGUUGGAAGUAAUCGGGAUCGAGAGAUAAGCAUGUCUGUGGGUCUGGGACGAUCACAGUUGGACUCUAAAGGAGGUGUUGUUGGAGGGACCAUAGAUGUCAAUGCUUUGGAGAUGGUUGCUCACAUUUCUGAACAUCCAAAUCAGCAACCCAGUCACAAAAUUCAAAUCACCAUGGGUUCCACUGAAGCUCGUGUUGAUUAUAUGGGUUCUAGCAUUCUCAUGGGGAUCUUCAGCAAUGCUGACCUUAAGCUUCAGGAUGAAUGGAAAGUAAAUCUGUACAAUACUCUGGAUUCAAGCAUGACUGAUAAAAGUGAAAUUUUCGUCCAUGGAGAUUUGAAGUGGGAUAUUUUCCAAGUGAUGAUCUCAAGAUCAACCACACCAGAUUUGAUAAAAAUAGGAAUGAAGCUCCAGGAGUUUUUUACACAGCAGUUUGAUACCAGCAAACGAGCUUUGUCUACUUGGGGACCAGUUCCUUACCUUCCACCUAAGACAAUGACCAACAACCUAGAGAGAAGUUCACAGGAACAAUUGCUGGAUGCAGCUCACCAUCGCCACUGGCCCGGAGUGCUGAAGGUGGUGUCAGGAUGCCACAUCUCCCUGUUUCAGAUCCCACUUCCAGAGGAUGGAAUGCAGUUUGGAGGAUCAAUGAGCUUACAUGGAAAUCAUAUGACACUGGCUUGUUUUCAUGGUCCAAAUUUCCGGUCAAAAUCCUGGGCCCUUUUUCAUUUAGAAGAACCAAAUAUUGCUUUUUGGACUGAAGCGCAGAAAAUCUGGGAAGACGGUUCCAGUGACCAUUCCACUUACAUUGUACAGACUCUGGAUUUUCAUCUGGGUCAUAACACCAUGGUCACCAAACCAUGUGGUGCUUUGGAAAGCCCCAUGGCAACAAUAACCAAGAUCACAAGGCGUCGCCAUGAAAACCCACCCCAUGGAGUAGCAAGUGUGAAAGAAUGGUUCAACUAUGUGACAGCCACAAGAAACGAAGAGCUAAAUCUUCUUCGGAAUGUUGAUGCAAAUAAUGCUGAGAAUAGCACAACUGUGAAGAACUCCAGUUUGCUGAGUGGAUUUAGGGGAGGCUCUAGCUACAAUCAUGAAACAGAGACGAUUUUUGCACUUCCAAGGAUGCAGCUUGAUUUUAAAUCUAUUCAUGUUCAAGAACCACAGGAACCGUCACUCCAGGAUGCUAACUUGAAGCCCAAGGUGGAAUGCAGCGUGGUUACAGAGUUCACGGACCACAUCUGCGUAACCAUGGAUGCUGAGCUCAUCAUGUUCCUCCAUGAUCUAGUGUCGGCUUAUCUGAAAGAAAAAGAAAAAGCCAUUUUUCCACCUCGGAUUUUAUCUACUCGACCAGGACAGAAAAGCCCAAUUAUUAUCCAUGAUGAGAAUUCCUCUGACAGAGACAGAGAAGACGGCAUCACUUAUACUACCGUGGACUGGAGAGACUUCCUGUGCAAUACAUGGCAUCUGGAACCCACCCUGAGAUUAAUUUCCUGGACUGGAAGAAAGAUUGAUCCAGUAGGUGUUGAUUAUAUUCUUCAAAAACUGGGCUUUCAUCAUGCCAGGACUACUAUUCCUAAAUGGCUUCAAAGAGGAGUCAUGGACCCACUGGACAAAGUUUUGUCUGUUCUUAUCAAAAAGCUUGGUACUGCACUACAGGAUGAAAAGGAAAAGAGAGGAAAAGACAAAGAAGAACACUAAAAAGAAAAACAGAA